AUGACUGAUGAUGAAGAUGUUGUUAGAACUGUUUAUCUGACAGGUCAACCUGGAUCUGGGAAAACUGAGUUAGCUCGACAAUACGGUGAACAGUUUGAAAAUGCGACAUCUUCCAAUGAUACAUCCAAACCUCUCGUGAUUACAUUAAAUGCUAACUCCGAAGAAUCCGUUAUGAAAUCAGUAAAAGAAGCUAUGCGAAAAUUCCGAUUUUCCGUUGAUAUGGAGCUAACAAAUCAUGGUCUUAUCGAUCUGAUGAAAAACCUGAGAGAUUAUUUCCGUAGCCACAGUGGUGCUUGGCUUCUUAUCAUUGAUGACAUAUUUGGAAAGAAUGAUUUCAACGAUUUUUUUCCACGACCUGGUGGCAAAGACUGGGGUGGUGGUCAGGUCCUGAUCACAACACAAGAUAAUAAUCUCGUACCAGCUUGUCACCAGUUUGCAAAAAAAUUGUCCUUGAACGAGGGGAUGACUAGAGAAGAUGCUCUUGCACUGCUGAAGGACAUCAGUAAUGUUGAAGUUGAUGAUUUUGCUGAAGAAAUUAUUAAAGAGUUGCAUUCUUUUCCUCUUGCUUUGGCGUGUUGUGCAACAUAUGUUGGAGAAACAAGACAAGAUCGUGCUUCAACGCAGUUUGGAUGGCAAGAAUAUCUAAACCGGUAUCGUGAACGUGCCAAACUUGAAUCCCGAACAUUUUCCAGUAACAAUGUUUAUCCUUUUUCCAUGAUGACUGCUACUACUAUGGCUGUGGAGCGAAUGGCAGAAACAAGUGAUGUUCUGCGACUGACAUUUUCGUUUCUUUCAUAUUGUGCAUUGCUUCCAGUUCCUUUGAAUGUAUUAGCACACCACGUCAUGGAAAAUCUACCAGUCCAGAAUGAUAAACAGUCCGCGACAAAGGAAGACAGGAUAUCAGAAAUUGAAAACGAGAUUUCAAGAUGUACAUUACUCGUUCACGGACGGUCACAGAACGUUGAAAUAAUAAAAUGCCAUCAGGUCAUUUAUCAUGCUUUUCAAAGUGUUGAAAAUACAAAACCUGCUGAACAGCGGGAAAUUGAAUUUGUCAAAAUGAUGAAAUCUCUGAAUGACACACUAGAUUUCAUGGACAAUACGUAUAAAGAAGACGUACUUCUUAAAGUUCUUGUGAGACCUCACCUGAAAUCAUUUGUUGAUCAUGCCAAUGAUAUGUCCUGGAAUGAUACAGCUGAAUUUGUCUUGAUUUCCAUGAAAGACAGUCAGUUUCUUUUUUCAGCGUCCGACAUACCUCAUGAGAAAGCUGUCAAGAGUUUAGAAUUGCUCUAUAAUAUUUCGUCCGAGCUUGACUUAUCUGAUGAGAGACGUUGUGAUAUAUUGGCGAAUCUUGGCUUCUAUUAUCUAGAACUGGAUCGUGAUCAAGAUGCUUUAAAUUUCUUAUGUAAAGCUUAUUUCAUGACGGAAGGUAAAAGUGAGAAGGAAUGGUUGUUGUUAAGAUGUCGUAUCUCGUACAACUUAGCCCGGACGUAUUACAACAUGGACAGUGUUGGUCUUGCUGUAGAAAUGAUGAAGAGGUCGAUUGACUUGGCCAAAAAUGUCUAUGUCAAGGAGGAAGACAAAAUUAUGAACAGGUUUGUUUGGCUUGCUCACUUUUGCUUUUUUGGGAAUAAAUUUUGGAAACUGAGAGCAGUUGUCGAAGAAGCGACUGAAUGUUUGUCAAAUUGUGUCCCAGAUAGUGAGAAUUUUAGGAGAGCAGGUUGCUUAAACGAUUUAUCAGGUGUAUACUGUUAUGGCAUAACUGAAUGCGCUUUUAAGCCUUGGAAGUACUGGGAGUAUGAGAAAUUGGUGGAAAAUUGUAUGAACAAAUCUCUGAACAUGUAUGAACACGUAUUAGGAGCAGACGCCUCCUCGUCCUCAGAAUACCGUCAAUUACUUGCCUUUUCUGCAACACUUAAAUUAAAAGCAAACCCAGCUGAAGCAAGAACACAACUUGAGAAAGCUCUUGAAUACAACAAUCAAAAUGGCGAUAAGUUUAACUAUAGCUAUACAAUUGCCAUUAAGAAACAUUUGUUGGACAAUUCAAGUUGGUGGCGAUAUUUGCUUUACUGGAUUCGAAACUUGCCUAGAGGACGCUUAGCAUUGGCUGCCUAUAUUAACAUAUUUGACGACAUCUUGGAAGAUUAUAAUACAGGACGAAUAUCACCAUCUCGUCGAAUGAUAAACGAGAUUAAGACAAGAAGAAAUUUUUGUGUGUG